AUGUCGAACUGGGAGCUGGUGCUCGUGCGGUGGAUGGUUGCGCUCCUCCUGCUGCUGCCCGUGACGUCCGCGUUCUCUCUUAUUAAGCAUGACACCAGCCCUCUGUUCACCAAGUCGUUUCAAGUGCACUCACUUUCUUCACAGAACUAUGACACAAUGCUGAAGGAUUCCGACACGGUCUGGUUAGUGGAUUAUUACGCCCCGUGGUGUCCACACUGCCGCCACUUCGCCCCGGAAUGGGAGCGCGUCGCCAACUUCUAUGCCAAGACCGACAAAGUGCGAGUAGGGGCUGUGGACUGCACCAAGAACAGCGAGAUCUGCAAUAAUGAAAACAUCCACGGCUAUCCAGGUGUGAAAAUCCACCACGUCCCAGCAGACGCAGAGAAGGCGGCAAUGAUGCCACGAGGUGCAAGGGGCAGCAAGUCAGUGAUCGACUGGGCUGAGAGGCUAAUGGAGGAGCACGGUAUCAAGUCUGGUGUGAAUCUGGAGGACCUGGCAGCGCAGUUGAAGAAUUUUAGAAAUGCUGGCGUUGCGGAAGGCGAUGACGGGGAGCUAAUAUUCAACGACCAGUCGCUCGAGAUGAAGUACAAACGACUGCAUGACGCGGGUAUUGCAGCGGUGUCGACUUUUCAGAAUGGGUUCUUUCUGGGUGCUAAUGUGCUGGAAGGAGAGAGGUAUGAGGUUGCAUUGAUGUGGAUGGAAGCUCUUGCAGCGUCCUUCCCGAUGGAGAAAAACCGACAGGUGCUAGCUUCGCUAGUGGCAUCGAUGAAGACAAGUAAUCAUUGGAAUUAUGCGGAUUGGAAGAUGUUACUGAGAAAGUGGAAGGAGACGGCGAGUAAGAAGACUUUUCCAGUGAAUCUGUUCGAGUCGAGCGAGGAUAAGAGUUAUGCGUUUUGCAAGACGUAUACAUGUGGAUUGUGGACUUUGUUUCACAGUAUUACAGUGAGUGAGGUCAAAGUCAGCAAAAAAUCUCUGACACAACCGUGGAAGCCAAGCCGGAUCAUGGCGGCUAUCAGACUUUACGUAAAGAACUUCUUCGGAUGCGAAGAGUGUCGGGAGCAUUUUAUGUCGUCCAACCCGGAGAGUGUUAUCAAAGACCUUGCUGCGAGUGACGGAGAAGGCCCCCAUGCUGUUGCAAUGUGGAUCUGGAAGAUGCACAAUACGGUCAAUAAAGCCCUCAAGAGGCAGCAAUGGCCGUCAAAGAUAGCGUGUCCGGUCUGCUACGUGGAAAAUGGCGAGCCCAUUUCGCUUGAUCCAGUGCGACUUCAUGAACAAGAAAUUGUAGCGUAUGUCACAAGUGCUUACGGACACGACGACGAGGAGAUUUAUGCCAUGGAUGCUGCGUACAACGGCACAAUUGUUGCACUGUGGUCAUUCACGCAAGGGUUCAGCGCAAUGGUAAUGAUUGUGGGGUUCUUCGCUUUGCUGGGAGUGGCCUAUAAAACGAGGAGGCACCGAGGUUUUGACCGAAAGGUGCUUAUGAUGCGAGAUCAUAUUGCAUAG